AUGAACAUCACCAACAGCAUCAGCAUGGCAUCAAUCGCAUCGGCAGCGCUGGCAUUGCCCGUACUGCAUUACAUUGCGCCAGUCGCAACGGCCACCUACUUCAUAUCUGCCAAGACAGCAGCAACAUGUCUCCUACAGGAACCUUCAAAACGCGGGAAAUUGUCUCUACGGAGAUACGGCAGCUCCGCACUCCAACUCACGAUCUUGGCAACAGUGGUCGCAGAAGCAGUAACGACCAUCACUCAGGCAUUUCAAGAUAGCACCUUUGCUCCAGCACAAGACUAUGUCAUCUACCUCUUCGCAUCAUUCGUACUGCAUGGCUGCUUCAGCCUCGGGCUUAUUGAGAACGAGCAUCCACUUUGGCAUCCAUAUUUGGGCGCAUGGCUGAUUGCGCUGGCAUUCGACUUUCCACUCAUCGUUCUUCAAGGCCUCAGGAUCCCGGAGGAUGGUUACGCCAAAGGGCGUAUGUCAAUCUGCGUCCUGCGAUCUGCCGCGCUUGUGGCCCUCAGUAUCCUGGCCAGCUGGUGUAUCCUGAGUGAUCGCAAGCGCAGCAUCCGACUCGACGAUGAGAGCGAGGCACUUUUGGCAGCGAAUGGACACGAGGCAUCUACCAACGGCACAAGGACAAAGCCGAUCACUUCGCCUCGCGACAGUGUGCUUGCGAGUGAGAAUGGCGAUACUGGUGACGACAAUGAGGAACGCGACGAUGGAUUCGACUCUGAUUCCGAAGAGCCGGAGGAGGACAAGAAGCUCAGAGCGCAACAAAAGCAACGCCUUCAGGAAUCUGGCAGCUGGUUCGCCUAUCUCAAGGAGUUCAAUAUCUUUAUACCCAUGCUCUUGCCACGCAAGAACAGGCUUGUGCAAGCGUGCCUUGUUACAAUUGGCGUAUGCAUCUUUAUGAACCGCGCGCUCAACAUCCUGGUGCCUCGUCAAGUUGGUAUCGUGGUCAAUGAGCUUACUGAAGCAUAUGGCACCGGAGUGGUUCCGUGGCGUGCCCUGGGUUUAUGGAUGCUUUACACUUCCCUCAGCUCUGGAGUGGGCAUCGGUCUGCUAAAGGCCCUGGCAGAAAUGCCUGUCAACCAAUAUGGACAUCGAAUGAUUGCAACAACUGCUUUCCAACACAUCAUGGAUCUGGACAUGCACUUUCACAACGAGAAGAACUCGGGCGAGCUCAUUCGAGUCAUCGAUCAGGGUUCGACUCUUCAGGAUCUCCUCAGCUACAUGCUGUUCGACAUUGGCCCGAUGUUCUUUGACCUGGCAGUCGCUUUUGUGUAUGUCUCCAUCCUCUUCGACGUUUACAUGUCGGUCAUCAUGUUCGCUAUCGGCAUCAGCUACGUCUGGAUUGGAGCGAAGGUUACUGCCUGGAGUAUCAAGCAACGCAGAGAUUUCAAUAGCGCUUGGCUGAACGAGAGCAGAGUGCAAAACGAGGCCAUCAACAACUGGUCGACAGUCUCGCACUUCAAUCGCGGUAAAUAUGAAUCUAUCCGCUAUGAUGAAUCUGUAGUCGCCUUCAACCUCGCAGAGUGGCGGUACUAUCUGGCUUACUACCUUGGCGGAGGCUUCCAGUCUGGUAUCAUGCUUAUAGGUCGCUUGGCAGCGAUGUCCCUAGCUGCUUACAGAGUGUCUCAGGGCUCUGCGCCAGUCGGCAACUUCGUCACCCUCUCCAUGUACUGGAGUUCAGUCGAGGCACCACUUCGAAGCGUGUCCUACUCGAUCCGAAAGAUAACGUCGAUGUUGACAGAUUCGGAAAGACUACUUCAGCUUCUCACGACAAAACCACUCGUCAAUGAGCAGCCGGAGGCAAAGGACAUUGAGAUCAAGGAGGGCACUGUUACAUUCGAGAAUGUCGAUUUCUCAUACGAUCCGCGUAAGUCGACUCUCAGGAACAUCAACCUCGAAAUCAAAGCCGGCCAAACCAUCGCGCUUGUUGGAGAGACAGGGGGCGGGAAGUCGACAAUUCUUAAGCUUCUCUACAGAUACUAUGACGUUACGAACGGUGCGAUACGCAUCGACGGGCAGGAUAUCCGUCACGUCACAUUGGAUAGUCUUCGCGACUCAUUCGGAAUGGUACCACAAGAUCCAGCCCUCUUCAACACCUCAAUUAUGGAGAACAUCAAGUAUGCACGAUUGGACGCCACGGAUGAGGAGGUGAAGGAAGCGUGUAGAGCAGCGGCAAUACACGACAAGAUUGAGUCCUUCCCAGACGGCUACAAGGCCAAGGUUGGCGAGCGUGGAGUCAAGCUGUCCGGUGGUGAGCUGCAACGGGUCGCCAUCGCUCGCGCUAUCCUUCGGCAGCCGAAGAUUGUACUGCUGGACGAAGCGACCAGCAUGAUCGAUGCGGAGACCGAGGCCACGAUCCAGCUCGCCUUCAAGCGUCUCAGCGCCAGCCGUACAACCUUCGUCGUUGCACAUCGACUUUCGACAAUCCAACAUGCGGACCAGAUCCUGGUCAUCCAUGAUGGAGAGAUUGUGGAACACGGAACUCAUGCUGAGCUCUUCCGGCAGAAGGGCAAGUACGUCGCAUUGUGGUCGAAGCAGUUGAACAAGGAUGUUCAAGAUGUCGGCACCAGUCUGGACGUGCAGAAGGCGGAUGAGGUACUGAAGACUGAUGGCAGUGGGGAAGCUCAAGUCCGCGUUCAAGAUGUGAUGGAUGCAUCGAGUAGUUCGAAAGCGGGCAGUAGCUCUGAGGGCGAAUGA